AUGAUGCAGGAUGUUGGUACCAAGUCUGGCGGUGCUCGAGCUGUGGAGCGCGUGAAAGUUUUCUGUCGCGUGCGGCCCCUCCUGCAGCGCGAGCGUGACGGCUGGAGCUACGAAGAGUACUGCCAGCACUUCGGGGAAGACGAUCAGCCCUUGGAUGCGGGCGAUACACAGCAACCUGCCAUCGAUUCCACGCCCGAGAGCUCCGACGAUGACCCAGCCACGUUCAUCACGGAAAAGGGGCGCAGGAUCACUGGGUCCUUGACGCCGUCGCUCACGAUGCAGCCGGACGGCCGCAGCGUCACGUUCCAGGCGUCAAACGCAGCACACGGCGAGGCUCGGCUCUUCCAGUUCGACGGCAACCUCAUCGAGACUUCCGACCAGCAAAGCGUAUACGAGCGUGUGGCUGCGCCUAUCGUGGAGGACGUCAUGGCCGGAUACAACGGUACCAUCUUGGCGUACGGCCAGACGGCGACUGGCAAAACCCACACCAUGGUCGGGCCGGGGGACUUGGUGCACGGAGACCAACGCGGCCUUAUCCCACGCGCCUUGGAAGACAUCUUCAUUCGAGCCGAGAAGACUCGGUCGCAGGCAAAGACGACGGUCGCGCUGAGCUACGUGCAGAUCUACUGCGAGCGCAUCUUCGACCUGCUGGAGCCUGACACCGCGCCCAGCAACAUCUUGGUGCGGGAGGACGCAGACCGCGGCGUGUAUAUCGACGGCGCCGCUGCGGUUCACGUGGCCAAUGUCGAGGACUGUCUGAACCUCAUGGAGAGAGGCAACGCGAAUCGCGCCGUCUCCAGCACCGAGAUGAACGCACACUCCAGUCGUAGCCACGCUAUCCUCAUCCUCCGAGUCGAGCGCAAGGAGUUCGCCCCGCCACCGUCUUCAAGCGGAGCAUCGAGCAGCAGUACGCAGCCUGUUAUUCGGUUAAGCAACCUCUACCUCGUGGAUCUUGCAGGCUCCGAACGCGUGAAGAAGGCUCGAGUCCACGGUCGUCAUAUCAGCGAGCUCAAGGCUAUCAACCUCAGUCUUUCAGCCCUUGGUAACUGCAUCUCCGCCCUCAGCAAGCAGUCGCAGCAGAACCAAGCGAGUUACCACGUGCCAUAUCGGGACAGCAAACUCACACGAUUGCUGCAGUCCAGUCUAGGAGGUAACGCUAAGACGGCUCUGGUGGUGACAGUCACGCCCGCUGUGUCAGAGGCACCGGAGACGCUCCAGACGCUGCAGUUCGGCCAGCGCGCCAUGCAGGUCGCCGUUCGAGCUCAUCGCUCAGCCUUGUCAGUACUUGACUAUCGCACGCUGUAUGAAGAGAUGCGCCAGGCACUCGACGAGGAGCAGCAGCGUUCACAGCAAGCCGAGGCAGCAGCUAGUGACGAGAAGGCUCGAGCUGCGAUAGCAGAGGAAAAACUGACGAAGGCGCUUCUUCGGGUCCAGCAUUUGGAGUUCGAGCUUGAAGCAGCACAAACAGCAACCAGACACUCCACGGCUUCAACAGGAGGUGAGGGUGACGCAGGGAGCGACGUGGAGCGCAUGAAGCUGGAGCUUCAGCAGCUUGUAGCGCGCCACGGUCAGGACAUCGCACAGGUGAAGUCCGCUUGCGACCGGCAGAUCGAAACGUACAAGCGACUAGCGCAGGAAGCUUCGCAGGAGUGGCACGAGGUCGAAGGAGAACUGGCGGGCGAGAAAACGCAAGUGCUUCACACGCUGCAGGAGCUCAAGGAGUUCAAGCUCCGCUACUUCCAGCUGGAGGAGGACACGACGGAGCGCAUCGCUGAACUUGUCCAGGAUGAGCGGGACCGAGAACGGGAACGAGAUGCCGCUAUGUCGAGAGUCACCGCCUUGGAGAAGGAGCUCAAAGCGAUUCACGCGAAGAUGGUGGAGGGCGAAUCCCAACGAGAAAAGCUUCAAGACCAGAUCGACACAGAGUUCGUGCCUAAAGAAGCGAUCCAGCAGAUGGAGGCGUUGUACGAAGGAGCGAUUUCCAAGCUGCAGGCGCGAGUCGGGUGUCUGGAGAACAAGUCGCUGAGUCGGAGACCUAAAACACCCAGCAACAACAGCAACAAUAGCACAGCCCCAGGACAGCCGCAGCGCUCGCUGCCUGACGUCAGGAAACCAGGAAUGGCGAACAACCGUGCAGUGCCCAAGAUCGGCCGACUCAUCCCAGGAUCCACAGCAGGUUCAGCCUCACGACUUGGCUCCGGUCCCAGUGUAUCAUCACGGAUUCUGCAAUAA